GCGCACAGGAGUGAGAGCGGGGCGGGGAGAGCUGCGUUCUAAUCACAGGCAUCGCGCACGUUGUGAAGAAGUUUCUAUUCUGUAAAUAUUAUAUUUUGUAACAAGUUUAAAAACCAGAUCUGACAAGUUCAUAGGCUAACAAGUACGUGCUGAAGCUGCUUAUUAUAAACAUUUAGCGGUUGUUGUCAUGACACGAUUUUUAAUGUAUAUAUCGUACCUGGGAACCCGGUUUAGAGGCAUCCAGAAACAAGUCUCUAGAGCCAAGCCUGAGGCAGAAGAUCCGUUUACAGUUCAGGGCAUGCUAGAAAUCGCCCUGAGAAAAUUUGACCCGGUGAAAGUGCCCCAGGUAGUUAUUUCUAGUCGGACUGACAGGGGUGUUCACGGCCUACGCUCAGCUAUUCACGUGGAUUUGGAACAUCAGUCGGGAACUAAUUACGUACCUACUGAUCUAGUAAGAGGCCUCAAUAAAUAUUUCGACAGAAGUCACAUUGCUAUCAGAGUGCAGGAGUGCCAAAUUGUGCCAGAGACAUUUCAUGCACGUUUUAGUGCAAUUAAACGGAGUUAUUUGUAUCGCCUGGCUGUAAGAAAACCUGAAGCGCCACCUUUAGCUAUUGGAAAUCAGGAUUUAAUUGCUCAGAUACCAUUUUGGGAUUGGAGAAGAUGCUACUUUAUUCAGAAUCCUGAGUUUGAUGUGGAAAAAUUCAGAUCGUCUGCAAGGCUAUUACUAGGAGAAAAAGAUUUUUGUACUUUUAUUGGCAUUUCAAAUAAAAGAAAUAGAGAUGGAAGUGUAAAAGAAAUAUCUACAGUACGUGUUUUACAUUCUAUACAUAUUUCACCACACCAGCCAUCGAUACCAUCUGAUAUUUCAGAACCUUCAGCCCACUACAAUUACUGGAACAUUGUGUUUUGUGCCAAAUCUUUUGGGUACCGGCAGGUACGACGAAUGGUAGGUGUUCUAGUGGCUGUUGCUCAAGGCAAAUUACUAGAAUCUGAUGUAGAGCAUAUGUUGGCAAAUCCUAGUCCAGAAAGUUGGAAAUCUUUUGUUGCACCAGCUCCAGCUUAUGGAUUAUAUCUAAGCAAUGUGCAUUAUGAUGCUGCAGACUUAAUUUUAGAAAAUGGAAAUGUGAUGAAUGAAACCAAACAAGAGGCACUAUCAUUGAAUGACCACAAGGCUUCAGGCGGUUGAGAAGUCAUUGGCUGCUGUAGUAGCAGACUGCCUCCUCAUGAACACACAUUCCUUUUCCUUUCAUCCGCAUUGGAAUGUUACUCCUCUCAACCUCAUGCUGAUGAGUUUUCUUGCAGAGGGUUUCAAUUAUUAUUCAAUAAUACAGCUCAUUAAAUACACAGCCUCCACGUAGCUCAAGAAAAAUAGUCAUUUAAAGAAAUAAUAAAAAAAAAAAAUUUAAAAAUAUUUAAUUCUCCAAAGACAAUGAGUCUGCAAGAACGCAUUGCUGAGCAACGAUCAAAACUGCAGCCAUGUGAUACCCAAGUCACGUGGCCCAAUGGUCAAGUAAUGAGAGAAAUUCGAACUGCAAAUGGAAUCACCACUAGUGUAAUUAUUGGUUCAGCGACUGGUUUUGUUGUAGAUAAUAAACCAGACUUGCAAGUAGCAAAUAUUCUUCCAGGCUUGAGUUUGGGGUCACAAGAUGUGGUUCUCACACCUGGUUUACUUAAAGAACAUCAGAUAACAAGUGUCCUCAGUGUUGGUGUGAUUUCAGAAUUAAUGGACCCAGACAUAAAGCAUCUCUUUGUGCCGUUACUUGAUCUUCCUGAGAGUGAUAUUUCAGAGGUGUUAAAUCAGUGCUUAUCAUUUAUUGAUGAAUCUCGGAAAGCAGGUGGUUGUGUGUUUGUUCAUUGUAAUGCAGGAGUUUCACGUUCUGCAACUAUUGUCAUUGCAUAUUUGAUGCAGAAAGGUUGGAUGUUUGAGGACGCAUUCCAAAUGGUGAAAUUAAAACGCCCAGUCAUAAAUCCAAACAAAGGCUUUGUUGACUUCCUAAAACAUAUGGACAGAAGGAAGAGGUUUUCAAUAGAGGAAAUAUCAGAAACAUAGUAACUUUAAUAAUAUAUUUGUCUUUCGGAAUGUGCAACUAGCUACACAAAUCCUAAAAUAAACUGUUUUAAGUACAGAGCUUUCAGGUCCCAUUUUUUAUAUUAGUGGUAUAUGAAUAAUAUAUAAAAAUUCUUGUAAAAAAAUAAACAUUAUAAAGAUAUACUCUUUCAUUUAGACCCAUUUCAGUAUAAGCUACCUUGUGUAAUCAUUAACAUAAUUUUACCAAAAAUUACAACUGCAAAAAACUAAAGUUUCACAUAGUUGUAUUAAACCUUUUCAGCAUUUCAUGAAUGGCUAUGUUGUGUCCAUAUGGUUCCGGGAGUCUUGAUUGGCAGUCUUAAUUCAACAAAUUACAUUAAGUCACUUGAAAGAGAUGUGCAAGUCAGACUUCCACGUUCAUGUAAAUGCCAUAUAUAUAAUAUAUGGUUAGUUACUUUAAUAAUAGAUAAGUUUAAAUAAAACCAAUGUUAUAUAAAAAUCUCCAAUUACAUAUUUUACAUCCCAAUUUUGAAAGACUUGCAAUUAACCUCACAUAUAUACUUAGAAUAUUUACACAUUAACCAAUUAAGUUAUAGUUGCAAAUCACUCAAACAAUAAGUACAUCAUUUCCAUUCAUUUAAAUACUUUGUUACAAAAUAAAUAAUAGAAAUACAGUUAAGUACAAUACAAUUACACAUUGCUAUCACCCUUACAAUUUAAGCAAAACUUGGACAGAGUCAACAAGGAUGCAUAAACAGUUUUUAGUGAAAUUCGAGCAAGACAAAUUCCUUAAUUUCAGAUAAUUGUUUUAAAGAAUCUCUGAGAAUGCAUUGAAUGUUGUAUAGAUUUCACAUAUAGACAUUCACUAAGUCAUCUACAAAUCAUAUAUGAAAAUAAGAAUGUUGGCAGUAAAUUUUUAGGAAAAAUCAGACCUAUGAUUAAAUGUUUUAAGGUGCCAUAGAAACCGUUGCUUGUGAAACUAUUACCCUGUCAACUGCAAUGAAAAUAACAUUCAUUCUUUGAAAGACUUGUGGGAAGUUGCCUUCAGCAGUGAUGUGCUACUUACAAAUCAUUGAAAUACAACAAUCCAAGGAAUUACUCUGUCAUGACACUAAUUUUGAGAUUCUAAAUCGAUUUUCAGAAAAAAUAAACUUUAAUGACAUACUGCACAACACUAUCUGUAAGUGAAGUAAAACUGGUGAAGAAAAUUUUGGUGUCAAGUAUGUGGUAAUGAAUUUGUAGAUCUUAAAUGUUUUGAUAGUUUCAAAAACAAAUGUUCAAGGUCAAAAAUUUCAUAGUGUCCGAAUUACUUUUGAGAUUACAUGGUCAUACAAAGUUCUCCAAUUCAAAUAUGAAAGGGGGGGGGCUGGAAUAAGUUUUGGCAAGAUAUUGUCCUCCAAGCAGAGGAGAUGCUUAUCAAUUUACAACAUAUGUAGCUCAAACGCUUAUUUUCAAGAGAAUAACUUUGUUUUCCAUGAGUAAAAUUAUUUCCUUGAGUUAAAAUAUGUCAAUCAAUAAAUAAUAUCAGAAACUGUGGAAUAUAAACAUAUUAAGUACAACAUAAUAAAUUCUUCAGCUAUGAAAUUUUCAGUACAGAUAAUAGGCACAGUAAUUCUAAUUGGUCUUAAUUUGAGAAAAGUAUGGAAGACUCAUUAUCAGGAAAAUGUACCGGAUUGGAAUGAAGCUAAUUUUUUAGCACUAUGAAUACCAUACUCAAGAAUGUUCACAUAUCAACAUCUUUUCCUCAACAUACAAUUUGGCACGUUAAUUGGAGUGUUCAACAAUUGCAUUGACUCUUUCUGUAUCAGACCAAGGUUGUAUUGAGUUUUAAUGUUUAUGAAAAGUAUAUAACUGUAAUUUUGUUCACCAAACAGAUUCAACUCUCAAGUUAAUAAAACAGAUCAGUGGAAAUGGUCUAUUUCACAAGAAUAAUGCAAUGCAUUUCAUUCUUUAAAAUAUCAGAGGUAUCUACAUUGAUUUUGUAACAUGCUUCAGACUGUCAAAUACACUAGAUAUUUGAACAAUUUUUGAAACAUAAUUGUAAAUUAACAAUUAAUUUGACAUUAGUAUUUACUCCUCUUUCUUCUAAAUUGGAAUAGCUGAUUUUCACAUUUCAGUGGUUUUAUAUUUAAUUAUUAACUACUACUACUUCUCUCUCUCUCCCCCCCCCUCCCUCCAUAAUAC